UCCCUUGCAGUGCCAAACGUUACUGAAUUGCUUCAGGUGUUGGAACUGCUUGUGCAGGUGGAUUCAUCUGCAGUGACUGUUUCCUCUGUCAACAUCACAACUGCAUGCAAUGUCACUGACAGAACAACCUGCAGCUGCAGUGAUGGUUACAUCUGGAGUAACGUGGUGUGCAAUACACUUCCUGACUGCUGCAACCAAGCCUCCUGCACAAUGAACAACUCAACCUCCACACCCAUGUGUCUACCCCAGUCAAGAGUCACUGUCAUUGGGUCGCUGACGUUGAAUCGUGCCUACACCCAGGGCCUGGCAGAUAGCACCUCCCCAGAAUUUGUAGCCCUGGCCAAGAAUCUGUCUGAAACUAUGAAAAAAUCUUUCAGUGAAUUGAGUGGCUUCGAUUCCCUGGUGAUCACUCAUUUCAGGCAAGGGAGUGUUAUUGCUGAAUUUGAAAUGACAGUGAACGCUAAUUUUGACACCACCACACUUGCCGAGAAAACUGCAGCUCUACAGACAGACAACAAAGAUUACAACUUCACCCUGGAAACAAUAGGAAUUGUGAAAAUGAAAAUACCAGCAACACCAGUGUGUUACAACAAGUCGGUGACAAUCGAGUGCGAGUUCAACGAGCAGCCUGAGACAGAUGGCUCCUGGAGGCUCAACAGCACCGAGAUUGUAAAUGGAACCGAGGUGGGAAUCCAAUCGCAGGGCAAAAUACUCACCAUUGCAAGUACAUCAAGAAUCUGGACAGGCACCUACGAAUGUAUCUUUGUGAAAGAGAAGAUCAUUCACAAAGCCAGUGGAAAUUUGGAUAUAGCACUCUUGCCAGAAGAUGUUGACACAACCCUGUCUCCACAAUUCCCGGACUGUACCGCUGAACCCAAACCCGUGAUCCCUGUCCAAAUCACAUACUCCAUUGCGAAUAGUACAGAACCCUACCGUGUGAAGAGCAACCAAGUUGAAAUUAAAGGAGUUCCCAAUGGCAAUCGCAUCAUUUACCAAAUAUCGACUACGAUUGAUUGCAAGUUUUACUCAACGGAACCAGAUGCCAAAACAACAAUUUCUUUAGCUUUCGAAAACCGAUUGAACCAAACUAAAAGCAUAGAUGUCCUAAUACCUAUCAUAACCAAGGAUUUUUGUGAAAAAGACGGUGACUGGCCCAGAGCAAAGCCAGGCUACAAUGCGACUCUGCAAUGCACGGGUGGAAGCGUUGGGAAAAAAACGAGAGAGUGUGCGAACACCUCUGGAGGAGUGAACUACAAGUCUGAACAAUCUUUCUGUGUCUAUCAAGAACUACACUCCAUUCUCCAAGAGGCACUGAACAUUCAGAGAGGACUUGGAUCGAUUCAAGCAAACGCGAAGCAAAUUUUCAAUCGCAUGAUAAACACUACCAGUAAGACCAAAGAAAUUAAAACAUACGCAAAUAUAAAUGCAAGUGUGGAUAUUUUCUCUGUCAUUCGUGAUGUUGCAGAGCGUUCACAAAAUGAGUCAAAACCAAUACAAGUGGAUGCAUUAAGUGAUGCUUUACACUCAGCCAGCAAUCUCCUGGAUGCAACUCUGCUUGAGGCAUGGGAACCACAAUCUGAGGGACAGGAUUACAAACUGCCAGCUAAAUAUCUUCAGUCUGUUGAGGGUCUUGCUGUCUAUACAGAUGGCAGUGUCAUAAAUAAAAUAAGUUUCCCUAAUGUAGACUUCAAAGGCUGCAACUCUACAGACUGUAACAACACUGUGUUCAACGUGUCCGUCGAGCUGUCAGGCACAAAAGGAGGUGUGAAAAUACUGGGGUUUCAGUCUCUUGCUAAUCUCUUAAAAAACGAAUCAAGAGACAGUGAUCGUAACUCCAGUAGCAUUGUGGUGUCAGCCACGCUGGACGAACCCAAUCAGACUAGCGUGAUCACAAUGGAUUUCCAGCUGAACAGAGUGAGACCUCAGCAUCAUGAAAUAUAUUGCGUAUUUUGGAACUUUACUUUGAGCGACUGGUCCAGCAAUGGCUGUUCCUGGGAAAAAACAGGGGACAUACCUGACCAAGCCAUUUGUAAAUGCGAACACUUGACCUCGUUCUCAACGCUCAUGGCCAAAAAUCCUGUGAAACUCGCAUUCUUGGAUGAAAUGACGUACGUGGGCUUGGGGGUCUCAAUUUGCUCCCUCAUUAUCUGCCUGGUAAUAGAGUUCCUUGUGUGGAAUUCUGUUGUCAAGUCAAACGUGGCACACUUUCGGCACACAGCACUAGUCAACAUCUCUCUCUGCCUGCUUAUGGCAGACAUUAUGUUUUUAGCCUCUGCCUUCCCUGACAAACUCAAAGGUCAAUGGUGUCUGAUUUCAGUGGUGAUAAAACAUUUUUGCUACUUGUCCAUGUUUUUCUGGAUGUUGUGUCUGAGCAUAAUGCUUCUGCACCAACUAAUUUUUGUCUUCCACCAACUGGGAAAGAAAAAGUACCUUAUUUUCUCUAUGUGUCUUGGGUACCUCUGUCCUGCAGUCAUAGUGGCCGUCACGUACUUGUUGUAUGACACUGGCUCUGAAGGAAAAUACUACGACAAGGCAUCUUGUUGGUUACUGUACGAAGGAACUCUGAAAGGAUCGAUCUUCGCUUUCAUUUUACCUGUUGGGACAAUCGUUUUCAUUAAUGUGUUUUCCUUGGUGGUGGUCAUCAUGAAGCUACUGAGGCCGUCAGUGUCAGAGGGAAGUGCGUUCGAUGAAAAGGAAACAGUCAAGAGCAUUCUGAAAGCAGUGAUCUUCCUGACCCCCAUAUUUGGAAUAACGUGGCUUCUCGGUUUUGGGGUGCUGAUCCUUGAUCUCACAAAUGGUACUUUUCCUGUGUUUGUUAAUUAUGCGUUUACACUCGUCAAUUCUUUUCAGGGCCUUUUAAUUUUGCUGACUGGAUGUAUUGGAGAGAAAAAGGUUCGAGAUGCACUGCUGAAAUAUGUGACAGUGGCGAAAUCACCCAGAAGUGAUGUAUCCACAAAAUUUACCUCCUCCGUUGUCAAGAAAUGAUGCCUUCACCCAACUUGAAGGUUCGCUCUGUCACACUGCUUUAACACUCCACAUCAAGGAUGCUCUUAAGCAGCUUGCCCCAGUGCCAAACUUCAUAGAGAAUACAGAGAACUGGACAAUUCCCUGUGCUGGUGUUAUGACUUUUCUAUGUAAACACACAAGAAGGUUCUUGUAAUAGCUAUCGUACAACAAAGAUUUAAAUUCCACUCGCUAAAAACACCAUUGUUUAAAUCAGACAAAAGCAAACAUGAAUGUGAACGAAGGCGAUUGUGUGUUUAGUUAUUGACUUAAAUUAGCAAUCGAAUGUCACCUAAUCUGCAACAUCCGUGCCAUCUCAGAGAUCAUUUACUCACGAUAUGAUUUCUCCUCAUUCUUUUCAACCUCGUUCUUUGGGGACAGAAGACAUGUGAAAUCAAUGGAUAGAAUUUGGUUGAAUGAAUUGUAAUUUAUGUGCUAUAAUUUGACUUUGUGAGGACACCUCUGUCAGGCUGAGUAUUCCAGAUUGUGUCACACGCACCAGCCUGCCAGUUGCCAGUUCCUGUUUUGACUGUCUAAUAUACAACAGUUUGACUGUAUAAUACUAGUUCUACAGCUACUACACACAAUGUAAAUAGGAAUACAGGUGGAUGCUCACAUUGUUUUGUAGAAUAUAUGCACUGUCGUCUUUUCUCUGUGUUCACUCACAAAAAGCAUAGUUUAAAGUGGUUUACUGGUUAUGAAAAACAAAAUAGUUGCCGUGUAUGUUACGUUGAGUUUAUGCUGAUCAGUACAUGUUUAUUGAACAUGAUUUUGGAACCUUAAUUAUAAUUACCAUGAUUUGCUGUCUGUAGCAGGGCCACCUUGGAUUGGAUUUGCCUUCAAAAUCCAACUAAAUUUGCUGGUGUAAUAAGUAAUAUGAUUAAA